UAUAGUAUCGCCCAAAAUUGCUCUUUUCAGUCUGUUACUUUUAAACUUAGAAGACAAAUCACACAGAGCAUUGCAAUACCGUUUGGUGUACAUGGUUAUGACUUUAAACAGCGGAAGGAGGUGGUGUUUCAUUUCAAAAUAUGAUGUCAGAUGGACUGGUUUCAUCACCAUAUUAUAUGUAUGGUGCAUUGUUUGUGGAGGUACAUCCUCCAUAACAACACCACGUUCAACAACCAGUGAAGUUUGUGUCAUAAAAACUAAAGCAUUUGUUACCACAGCUAUGACCCCCAAACAAAAUAUAUGCACAGCUGUGACUUUCACACCUACAUCUCCUACAACUACAGUUUCAACAUCAAUGGCAUCUUCAAGUACAACUGAGGCCUCUACAGAAAAUGAACUUUCAACAACAGCCACAGGUCAAACAGCAAUGUCAUCAUCAAUGGCAACAGAAACUGAAGCUUCCACAACCAUAGAUGUGACGCCCACAACCACACUCAUAUCCUCACCCAGUGCAACUGCACCUUCAACAGAAACAAAUGCUGCUUCAACAACAGCACCCUCUUUAACAACUGAAGCUUCAACAACUGCAGAUGUGAACCCCACAACCUUGCCUGUAUUCUCUGCAUCUCUAGCAACAGAUGUUGCUCCAACAGUUGAACUGUCAACUGAAGGUUCUACAACUGUAACCCCCACAACCACUCUUAUAUCCUUAGCAACUGCACCUACAACAACAACUGUUGCUCCCACACCAUCCUCAACCACUGAAGGCUAUACAACCACAGCUGUGAGCCCCACAACCACUCUUAUAUUUUCAGAAACUACAACAGAGACAACCACUUUUAUAUCCUCAGCAACUGCACCUACAACAACAACAAAUGCUGCUACAGGACCAUCUUCGACCACUGAAGCUUAUACAACCACAGCUGUGAGCCCCACAACCACUCUUAUAUUUUCAGAAACUACAACAGAGACAACCACUUUUAUAUCCUCAGCAACUGCACCUACAACAACAACAAAUGCUGCUACAGGACCAUCUUCGACCAUUGAAGCUUAUACAACCACAGCUGUGACCCCCACAACCACUUUUAUAUCAUCAGAAACUACAACAACAGCAAAAGAUGCUCCAACAACACCAUUGUCAACAAUAAAUGAAGCUUCAGCCACCACUGAAGCUUCAGGGAACCCCACAACCAUGUCUGUGUUUCCAACACCUACAACAGAAAAGCCUACUUCAGCAACAACAGCACAGUCUUCAACAAAUGAAGCCACUACAACCACAACUCUGAAUCCCACAACCAUGCCUGUAUUUCCAGAACCUCCAACAGAUGCUGCACCAACAACAGCAGCAGCAGCAGCAGUAACUUCAACAACUGACGCUUCUACAAGAACUGCUGUGAACUCCACAUCCAUGCCUUUCUCCUCAGCAAAUACAGGUGCACCUCUAACAACAACAAGUGCUGCUCCAACACCAUCUUCAGCCACUAAAGAUUAUACAACCACAUCUGUGACACCCACAACCUUUCUUGUAUUCUCAGGACCUACAAUUGCACCUCCAGCAACAGAAAAUGCUGUUCAUACCACAACAGUUUCUUCAAUAUCUUUAACUUCUUCACUUGUAUCACUAAGCACAACAACCACAUCUCCAACCACAAUCCCACUUUUUACAUCAUCAACCAGGACUGCUGAAUCAACAACAUUUGACACUCCCACAACCAUGCCAAUGUUCUCAGAAUUUACUAAAUCAUUUCUAACAACCACAUCUUUGCUAAAUGCAACUACAAAUGCAGUGACUUCAACUCAACUUUCAGAAACACAAACUCCAGCUCCAACUGCAUUUGAAUCUCAAAGCACAAAAACCAUUUCUUUAGCAACCACUGAAAGCACUGCACCAACAAUUCUAAUUGUAACUCAAGAGACCACUCUGCCACUGUCAAUGUCAACAGCUGGCAUUUCCCCAACUACAAGUGUGACUCCACUGACUAAAUCUGAAGCUGCA